CGGUCUAUGAACCGUACCCACAAAUUCAUAAUCCGUGCGCACGUUUUGUAUUUUUUUCUCCUACAGGUGACCUCCCGGGCUCCGUGGUACGGUUGUUUGCGUCUGAAGCUCAUUCCUCCAGCAGAAGACCGUCAGAGCAGCCGCAGGUGCGGACUCCAAUCCGGCUGGUAGCGGUAAUUCACCACAAGCUGCUGGUUCGCCAGCUGCCGAAGAAAACCUGCACAGAGACCAUGUGGUGUAGCCUAUGGUUGUAGCUUCAUGCUUCCUGAGACACGCGGAUCCUAAUGAAUGCGUAUAGAGCAGCGUUGAGCGGAUAUUAUGCGCGUGAAUGGAGCAGAUGAAAUGAGAGAAUAACCAAGAAGAUCGUGUUUACAGCUGCCACCCGUACAAAAUGAGCCCAAGAGAAGAUGCUCCUGCAGACCGCGGCUUCUUCGUCGGGAUCAUAUUCUUCAUCCUUGGCCUGGGAACGCUGUUGCCAUGGAACUUCUUCAUGACGGCAUCUAUGUAUUUCAACAACAGACUCAACACGUCUGAAUGGAGUAAUGGAACAAUAACCACCAGGAAGGAGUAUUAUUUUGAUAACUGGAUGACUCUGCUGUCCCAGCUGCCUUUGCUGCUGUUCACUUUCCUCAACUCUUUUCUCUAUGAUUGGAUCUCGGAGAAGAUGAGGAUAGCAGGCAGUCUGGUCUUCAUCCUCAUCCUCUUCGUCCUCACUGCUGUGCUGGUGAAGAUCUCGAUGGAGGAGGACCGCUUCUUCUCCGUCACCAUGGCCACUGUCUGGUUCAUCAAUUCGUUCGGGGCCGUGGUACAGGGAAGUCUGUUUGGUUUGGUGGGUUUGUUGCCACAGAGGUACAGUGCCAUCUUUAUGAGCGGACAAGGGCUCGCUGGGACAUUUGCUGCUCUUGCAAUGAUCUUCGCCAUCGCAAGUGAAGCUGAUAGUGAGUCUGCAGCUCUGGGUUAUUUCAUCACUCCGUGUGUCGGGACUCUCAUCACACUCUUCAGUUACAUGCUGCUCCCAAAACUGGAGUUUGCUGGGUUUUACCUGGACAGCAAAAGCAAGAGUUACGAGCUUGAGACGUCCAGCCGGCUGCUGCCUACAGGUGACUCUGUCCCUCCAGGUGAUGUUGAAGGCUGUGAGAAGACCAGUGAUCCGUCUGUUGGCUCUGUGGCGAAUGGGAAUCCUAAUAAAGGUGAUAGCAGUGUGAUCGAAGAGGAGGGGGUCAGACAGGCCUUCAUCCCGCUGCAGUCAGAAAACAAGUCCACGCAGAAGAGCUCCAUCCUGGAAGUCUUCAAAAAGAUUUGGCUUAUGGCGUUCUGUGUGACGUUUGUAUUCACCGUUACACUCUCAGUUUUCCCUGCGGUUACUGUAGAUGUGAAAACUGUGUAUGGAGGAAAAUGGGAACGAUACUUCAUUCCUUUUUUUUGUUUUCUCUUGUUUAACUUGAUGGACUUUACUGGCAGAACUGUCACAAUAUUAUUGAAGUGGCCGUCUAAAGACAGUCGUUUGUUCCCGCUUCUGGUGGUCUGUCGAGUGAUCUUCGUCCCGCUGCUCAUGAUGUGUAACGUUCAGGAGAGACACUACAUGCCUGUGCUCUUCUCAAACGACUUCAUGUUUGCUGCAAUCAUGUUGUUUUUCUCCGUGUCCAGCGGAUACUUUGUGUGUCUGUCCAUGACCUACGCACCACAGCUUGUGGAGCCUAAAGAUGCUGAGACGGCCGGUGCGUUGAUGACGUUUUUUCUUGCUCUGGGUCUGUCGUUGGGAGCAGCGUUGUCGUUUCCUCUGCGUUUGCUGGCCUGACCUCACCAUCUCACUCUCACUCCUGAAUCCUCGGCUCUCAGGCUCCUGCAGCAGCGCUCGGGUGUCAGUCUCGUCUCUUACUGUUCACACACAUCAGACACAUUCAUGAAGGGAAGCAGUGACAUUACGCCGGUUUAUUUGGCAGCUAAAAAACAUGCUGUACAGAAUCACCAUGCUGUCAUAAAGGGAGAAAUUAAUAAAAAAAAAUAUA